AAGUACUGUUUGGUUUUGAACCAUUCCCAUUACUAUAAACCGUUUUUUGCCUUCUCUUUUCUUUUUCUUUCCUUAUUUCAUUUUCUCUGAUUUCAGAUUCCACGUCCCCAUCCCAUCUUAUUAUUACCAAUCUUCCCUCUCUUUUCUCUUGAUCUGUGCAUUCCCUUAUUCUUGGAUCCAAAUCGAAGAUACACAAAGCUCAUUGCAUUUUCUUGAUUUUGCAUUAGAUCGAUCCCAUUUCAAGAAAUGGCUACAAUGGAGAGUUUGAUUGGUUUAGUGAACAGAAUCCAAAGAGCCUGCACUGUCCUAGGCGACCAUGGUGGUGAAGGCAUGUCCCUUUGGGAAGCUCUCCCCUCUGUUGCUGUUGUCGGUGGCCAGAGUUCUGGGAAAUCUUCAGUGUUGGAAAGCGUAGUUGGGAGAGAUUUUUUGCCUCGUGGAUCUGGAAUUGUUACCCGGAGGCCAUUGGUGUUGCAACUUCAUAAGAUAGAGGAUGGGAAGUCUGAAUAUGCAGAAUUUCUUCAUGCACCAAAGAAGAGGUUUUCUGAUUUUGCUUCGGUGCGUAGGGAGAUAGCAGAUGAAACUGAUCGUAUUACUGGGAAGACAAAACAAAUCUCUAAUGUUCCAAUCCACCUGAGUAUUUAUUCUCCAAAUGUUGUGAACUUGACCCUCAUAGAUCUUCCUGGAUUGACAAAGGUUGCUGUAGAGGGCCAGCCAGAUAGUAUAGUUGAAGAUAUCGAAAAUAUGGUCCGAUCUUAUGUUGAGAAGCCCAACUCCAUUAUAUUGGCUAUUUCUCCAGCUAAUCAAGACAUUGCCACUUCCGAUGCUAUAAAACUUGCCAGAGAAGUUGAUCCCACAGGUGAAAGGACAUUCGGUGUGCUCACGAAGCUUGAUCUGAUGGACAAGGGAACCAAUGCACUGGAUGUUCUUGAAGGAAGGGCAUAUAGGCUGCAACAUCCUUGGGUUGGAAUUGUUAAUCGUUCCCAAGCUGAUAUCAAUAAGAAUGUUGACAUGAUUGCUGCUCGUCGAAAGGAGCGUGAAUAUUUUGAAACAAGCCCCGAGUAUGGACAUUUAUCAAGUAAAAUGGGUGCAGAGUAUCUGGCAAAACUAUUGUCCAAGCAUUUAGAGACAGUUAUCAGACAGCGCAUACCGAGUAUCAUUGCCUUAAUAAAUAAGACCAUUGAUGAGCUUAACGCAGAGUUGGACCGCAUUGGCAGGCCUAUUGCAGUAGACUCAGGGGCUCAACUUUACACAAUCCUAGAAUUGUGUCGUGCUUUUGACCGUAUAUUUAAGGAACAUCUGGAUGGAGGGCGUCCUGGUGGAGAUCGAAUAUAUGGGGUUUUUGAUCAUCAACUUCCAGCUGCUCUGAAAAAGCUUCCCUUUGAUCGUCAUCUCUCUUUAAAAAAUGUGCAAAAAGUUGUUUCAGAAGCUGACGGUUAUCAGCCACAUUUAAUUGCUCCAGAACAAGGAUAUAGGAGGCUGAUUGAUGGAUCUAUCAGCUACUUCAAAGGCCCAGCUGAAGCCUCUGUGGAUGCUGUGCACUUUGUUUUGAAGGAACUAGUACGGAAGUCAAUUGCUGAAACGGAGGAGCUGAAGCGAUUUCCUACGCUCCAGUCUGACAUUGCUGCUGCCGCAAAUGAAGCUUUAGAAAGAUUCCGUGACGAUAGCAGGAAAACAGUUCUAAGGCUAGUGGACAUGGAGUCUAGCUACCUAACAGUGGAAUUUUUCCGGAAGAUCCACCUUGAAGGGGAGAAGAACACAAAUACUAACUCUAACUCCAACUCCAACUCCAACUCAAAUGCAUCAGGCCCAAAUGCAGACCGUUUUGCUGAUUAUCAUUUCAGGAAAAUUGGAUCAAAUGUCAAUGCUUAUAUCAAUAUGGUUUGUGAUACUCUAAGGAAUUCUAUUCCCAAAGCUGUGGUUUAUUGUCAGGUUCGAGAGGCUAAGAGAUCUCUUCUCAACCACUUCUAUGCACAAAUUGGGAGGAGAGAGAAGGAGCGGCUUGGAGCCAUGUUGGAUGAGGACCCACAACUCAUGGAAAAGAGAACAGCCAUAGCAAAGAGGCUUGAACUAUAUAAGUCUGCCAGGGACGAGAUUGACGCUGUCGCAUGGAAGUAAUUAAAGGAUUGCAUAUUGAAGCCAUACUUUUUUCCCAUAUUGCAGAAUGGAACCAUUCAGUAUCCCAAAGCGACAAUAGGUUACAAGGCUUCAGCGAGGCUUCAUUCUCGCAGAGAUGGUUGCGUGUCAUUUGCUUGCAGUUCUUGACGUAUCUUUUAAUUAUCUCCAAGGAGAAAUAAAUACCAGAAACAUUAAGGAAUUUGUCCAGUCUGUAUGACAUUAGCACCAUUCCAACAACUCUUUUCAAGGCCCCAUGCCAUGUGGGAUAAGUGGCAAUAGUUUGCUUGUAAAGUCUUUUAAUAAUGCGGAUGGUCAAAUACUAAAAGAAUUGAGCAAUUUAUGCAAUUGCACAAGUUACCAGAUUCA